AUGUCGACUGGAGGUUAUGAAGUGGAGCAGUUUGUGGAUACCCCAGAUGAUGAUCUGAUUUGUGUCAUCUGUAGAGCAGUUCUACGCUGUCCUGUACGACUUAAAUGCAACCAUGUCUUCUGCAAGGAAUGCAUUUUACAGUGGAUGAAAAGACAGGUGAAAUGCCCGUGUUGUAGGCAACCCAUCGACCAGAACCAGAUGCUGGUUUUGUUUAAGCUGAGUAAAUCCAUCGGCCGUUUAUCAAUCAAAUGUCGAAACGCACAGCAGGGCUGCAGGGCCACUUUCCCGCUUUCUAACGAGUACCUCCACAUCUCCAGCUGUCCGUAUGAGUGGCAGCUCUGUCCCCAUGAGGGCUGUGGGCAGCAGGUGCUGAGGAAGGACGCGCAGGCGCACGAUCAGAGCUGCAGCCACUGGCGACAGCUGUGUCCCAUGGGCUGCGGCACACUGCUCGUCCGAGAGAAUCAGGCCCGACAUAACUGCUACAAAGAACUGCAUCAGCGCUAUGUGGCCGAGCGGCGGAAACAGAGGGCCAUAGCAGCCAACCUACGCAGGAAGAUGCAGCGCAUGCAGAGCCGGAUGGCACAAAUAAGGAGGCAGAUAAACCUAAUGUGUGAGAGCCUGGAGGUCGGCGAUCUGGAAAUUGAAGCAGGAGAGGGAAGCAGUGCUUGGACUGACGCUAACGCUGCCAGUCCGAGCGGCAGCAGACACCGCAACACCAACAGCAGAAGUUCAAGAGUCAGAUUCACAUAGAUAACCUUCAGGAUUGCAACUAAUUCGAGUUAGUUUUUUAUGUGCGCGCGUUUUAUUAAAUGUGUCUUUCCACUUUUAUAGCCAUCUUAAAGGGAUAGUUCACCCAAAAACAAAAGUUACUGGAAUCUUUGUUUACUCGUUUUGAUGCAACCUAUAUAACUCACUUUUUUGUGACACUUAAAAGCAAACAUUUUGAAGAACGUUUCAACUGUCCAUGCAAUGAAAGUCAAAUGGGGUCCAAAAGAAGGAAAAAAGACAUUACACAGUGAAAAGAAAAUCAUACCGGUUUGGAACAACAUGAGUAAAUGAUGACAAAAAGUGUAUUUUUGGGUCAGCUAUCCCUUUAAGGGCAGCACAACACAAAAGUUUACAGAUUUACUGAGAAAAGAGAAAAGCAUGAUGAUAAACAAAAUUUUCUUUGCACAUUCUUUCUACAGCUUUGAGAGGUUAAUAAAGUGAGACAUCGAGGCUAAUGCAUAAAUACUGAAAAAGAAAAACAGUUUCUGUAACAUUCAAAUGCCUGCUUAAGUUCAGAUCGGCCUAUUACAAUCUUGAA